CCGAAACGGACGACGAGGUUACUUGCAGUCUCCCACGCUCGCCCUCCUCGUGCGUGGACGGCUCUCAUAGCUCAAACUUUCUGUAGUCUUUUCUUUUCUUUCUCUGUCUCUUGGCACGAUUGUUAUCUUUCGCCCACAGGUCCGUUUGGAAACAGAGAGCAGCGGUAAACAAGACCUAGGGAGGUCGUCUCUGGUCUAAUUAUAUUCCCACGUUUUGUUUUAUGCCUUCCUUCUUCAUACAACGUUCCUAAGCUGUCAACCCCCAGCCGUGGUCUAGACCAUCUCUCUCUCCCUCUUCUCUUCUCUUGUCUCUGACAAUCUCUUGGAGAGUCACUCUCCACGGACGAUCAAUGCGCAGAACACCAAAACGUUUUCCCAAUUCAUGACAUAUAGCCAAACUCACUAUCAGCCUCUCUUCUACGCCUUUUACCCCUCCCCCUUAGGGGCAUGAGGCUCCUGCUCCUGCUCUCCUCCAAGGAAACCAGGCAAAGAUGAAUAUCCUUCACAAGAUCUUCCGGCGGCGGCACGCCGCCGAGAUCGUCGCCUUUGAUGUCGCCGUGGCCGAGACUUCGUCGGAGCGGGAGAUUUUGCGGUCGCUGGGCGUGGCGUCACUGAAGCAGUUUGAGAAGAUGCACCACCUGGACCCCAACAUGCCCCUCGAUGAGCUGGAGCAGAUAGAUGCGGCCAUCAGGCAAGGGAAUGCAGAGAAGGGCGUCGAGAUUGAACAUCUCAUCGUGGAGGACAAUUCGCCUUAUCCCGAGGUUCGCUCGACGGUGCGAAAUUACGAUGUUGACCUACCAGCCAACACGAUACGGGCGUGGGUCAUAGGCCUCUUCCUGUGCACCAUCGGCUCCGGGAUCAACAUGCUCUUCUCCCUACGGAAUCCCAGCAUCGAGGUGACAACCUAUGUCAUCCAGCUGGUGGCAUACCCCAUCGGCCUUCUCUGGGACCGCAUCUUCCCGGACCGGGUCUUCAACGUCUUCGGCCUGCGCUUCAAUCUCUGCCCUGGCAAGUUCAACUUCAAGGAGCACGUGAUAAUAACCGUCAUGUCGAACGCGGCGUACGGCGGCGGCGCUCUCUACGCAACGGACGUCAUCAUCGUGCAGCAAGUCUGGUACAAGCAGUACCUGGGCUGGGCUUGGCAGACGCUCUUCGGCGUCACGACGCUGUGUCUGGGAUACGGGCUCGCGGGCAUCUCGAGGCGGUUUCUUGUCUGGCCGGCCGCCAUGAUCUGGCCCAGCAACCUCGUCAACUGCGCCCUCUUCUAUGCGCUGCACGACCACUCGUCCAAGGCCGAACCAGAGUCGGCGAGCGGCUGGCGCAUGGGCCGGUACAAGUGGUUCAUGAUCCUCGCCGCCUGCUCGUUCGUCUGGUACUGGCUCCCCGGCUGGCUGUUCCAGGGCAUGAGUUUCUUCUGCUUCAUCACCUGGAUCGCCCCGGACAAUGCCAUUGUCAACCAGCUCUUUGGCGGCGUCAGCGGCUACGGCCUGCUGCCGCUGACGCUGGACUGGACCGUCGUCUCGGGCUACCUGGGCUCGCCGCUCAUCACGCCUUUCUACGCCAUCGCCAACACCAUCGGCGGCGUCCUGGUCUUCUUCGUCGCCAUGUCCAUGGGCAUGUACUACAGCGGCUUCUGGUACGGCGCCUACCUGCCCGUGCAGAGCCCGCAGUCCUACGACAACACGGGCAACAUGUACAACGUCUCGGCCAUCCUGGACGUCUCCGUGUUCAACGAGGAGAAGUACUACGCCUACUCGCCGCUGUACAUGCCCAUGCAGUAUGUCAUCGCGUACGGCCUUGCCUUUGCCAGCAUCUCCUCCAUGAUCGUCCACGUCAUCUUGUACCACAGCCGCCAGGUCAAGGCCCAGUUCAAGCUCGCGCGCAACCAGGAGGACGACAGCCACAUGCGCAUGAUGAAGAAGUACCGGGAUGCGGAUGACUGGUGGUAUCUGGCCUUGUUUGCUGUCAUGAUUGCGCUGUCGUUUGUCGUCGUGUGUGCCUGGCCAACAGAGCUUCCCUGGUGGGCCUUCGUGGUCUGCAUCCUCAUCGCGGUCAUCUUCACCGUGCCCAUCGGCAUCAUCCAGGCCAUCACCAACAUCCAGCUCGGCCUGAACCUGCUGACCGAGUAUGUCGUCGGCUACCUCGUGCCCGGUCGCCCCGUGGCCAUGAUGCUGUUCAAGAACUACGGCUACAUCUGCUGCACCCAGGCCCUCGGCUUCGCACAGGACAUGAAGCUGGGUCACUACAUGAAGGUGCCGCCGCGCACCAUGUUCUCGGCCCAGCUGAUUGCGAGUGUGUGGUCGGCCAUUGUACAGAUUGCUGUCAUGAAUUGGGCGCUGGCACAUAUCCCGGAUGUGUGCUCCGAUGAUCAGCCAAAUCAGUACACCUGCACAGGGCAAAAGGUCUUCUACACGGCAAGCGUCAUCUGGGGCGCUAUCGGACCCAGGAGGAUAUUCAGCGCCGGGGCAUUGUACAGCGGCCUGCAGUGGUUCUGGCUUCUGGGCGCGCUGGCGCCGCUGCUCUCAUGGUACUUUGCGAGAAAGUAUCCCAUGAGCAUAUGGCGGUACAUCCAUGUGCCUCUCAUCCUUGGGGGGUCGGGAUAUCUGCCUCCUGCUACAACAUACAUCUACCUCUGCUGGGGCCUUGUCGGCACCAUCUUCAACUUCUUCAUCAAGCGCCGCUGGAACGCCUGGUGGAUGCAGUACAACUACAUCACUUCCGCCGCCCUGGAUUGCGGCCUCAUCAUCUCCACCAUCGUCGUCUUCUUCAGCCUCUACCUCACCAUGGCCGACCCGCCCAACUGGUUCGGCAACGUCGGGGCGCUGUCUACCGCCGACUUCGCCAGCACUGCUGUGUACUCGGUUUUGCCACCGGGGGAGACGUUUGGGCCGAGCACGUGGGUGUGACGAGCGCCUCAUGAGUACCACUGAAUAUUGCAUGUUUAGCAAAGUUUCUUUUUCUUUUUUUCUCGUACUCAUGCUGCAAUGGUAGGAUGUGAGAAAAGGAAAGGGAACUCGUAUGGGAGUUGGGCAAGGGUAUUCCAUUGGCGUAUAUUGGUUUCCUUCUUCCUUGUUUCCUCCCUUUUCUCUUUCUGGAUCUUGGGCGUUGGGGCUUUUCUAAUUAUCGGGAGGGUUGGCACUGAUUUUAGUAAGUGCCUGGGUCUCGGUCAAGACAGAAGAACCGACAUGUGUCAGUUCAUGACUGAAAAUGAAAUAUUGAUGACAAUUUUGUGACUC